AUGAGCCAUUCCGAAGAUGCAGAUGUUCUUCGCCCUCCCACACCAGAAGUUGAUGCCAAAGUCUCCGAGCUCGCGUCGCGUCUCCAGUCUUCUGCUACCCGCGACACAACAAUAGGAAGUGGAAAAGAUAUAGAUGAUGGGUUCUCAGACGAUGAAGAUGAGGACAAACUGUUUGAGGAGCUAGAAAAAGACGAAUUCGAUAUGUCUGGGUUAAGAGAAAAGCGGAUGGAGGAACUCAAAGCCCAAAUAGCUCAAGUUCGAGAUAUGAGGGAAAACGAGCAUGGCCGACUUACAGAGAUUACCGAUGAAAAGGAAGUUAUCAAGACGAGUGCGAUAGUUGGGUUUGAAGAACUCGGGAAUGAGGACGGUUUCAAGACCGCGAAGCUGGAGUUGAGGUUAACCCAAAGCGGUGUUAUUGAUAAGCCAGACGAACCCCGCCAAAAACUAGUUACCCCAUUCGGGACCACUGCUUGGAAAAUCCGAGAGCAAGGUUUUGGUACUUACCGCAACGCUCAAACUAUCGAUGAGCUCAAGAAACUCUCCGAAGCUCCAUCCAAUAAAGACAGACUCAAUCUCGUCAGACUUGACAUGAAUGACGAGCAAAGCUGUAAGGAUGCUGCCAACGAGGUCAGAGCCAAUCUUGGGGAAAUUGAUAUUCUCGUUGUGAAUGCUGGAGCCAAUGGUGGCAAGCCUCUGCUUACCGAGGACAUUGCCAAUAUUUCCAGGCUUUUUGACAACAAUGUGCUUGGGCCCAUUCGCGUCUGCCAGGCAUUUGUUCCUCUGCUCCAGAAUAGAUCUACCGCAAAUGGAGUACUCCCAAAGAUUGCUCUGAUCUCUUCCGAGAGUGGCUCAAUCACCGUCUCGAAGCACGGUCGUGGGCCGGCGUAUGCCAUCAGCAAGGCUGGGUUGAACAUGAUGGGACGUAAGCUAGCGCAUGAACUGGAAUUCUCCAAUGUUGCAGUGGGGCUUUUGCAUCCUGGUUGGGUCCAGACAGACAUGGGGGGAUCUGGAGCUAUCGUCACUCCAGAAGACAGUGUUCGCGGCAUGCUCCAGGUCAUCGACAAGUUGGACAUUGGUAAUUCUGGUGGAUUUUGGGAUUACGAGGGAAGGAGCAUCCUUGUUUCGCUCCUCACCGCCCUCGUCCUCGCCCUCUUCCUGACCACCACCAGACAGACUCAGCCAGCUCCUACUGUUGCUGUUACACGACCUUUAGAAAGCUUACGACAUCCACCGCCUUUACUCAAAAUGCCCAACAACCAAGAGCGCUCUUACAUCAUGAUCAAGCCCGACGGCGUCCAGCGCGCCCUCGUUGGUGAGAUCCUCUCUCGCUUCGAGAAGCGCGGCUUCAAGAUCGUCGCUCUCAAGUUGGUCCAUGCCACCAAGGAGCACCUUGAGGAGCGACAAGCCUUUCUUCCCCGGCCUGAUCAAAUACAUGGUCUCUGGCCCGUUGUCGCUAUCGUCAUCGAGGGUCUGGAUGCAGUCAAGACCGGUCGUGCUAUGCUUGGUGCAACGAAUCCUCUUGCCAGUGGCCCUGGAACCAUCCGUGGUGACUAUGCUCUUGCUGAAAUCAAGCACUGGUUCCCCGAAGGCAUUGUCCAGUACACUGAUGACAAGGCUACCUGGAUCUUCGAGUAA